ACAAUAUUUGUUAUAUAAACCUGAUAUUGUUUAUUAAUUUUAUUGCUAUUAUAAUUCAUCAUACAAGCCUGGAGUAAAGUUCUGAGAGCAAUCAAAGAGUUUAAUUAAUGAUUCCAAGUAGUGUUUUAUUUAUUUGCAUCUUGGAUUGAUCAAUACUUUGAAUAUGUUUAAGGUCAAUGUCAUAAUGUUUUUUAAGAUUGACUUUUUUUUCCUGACGAGACUCAAUUUUCAAUCAUCAAACAAAAUUGUUAACAUUUGUGAUUAAGAACUUUUUUCUUGUUUUGUUAAUAGUUAUGGUCGAGUUAAUUUUGGCAAGCUAAAAUUUUAUUCUUUAAAUCUGUGCUUACUCAUAAUCAUCAUGUUAUCCUACCUGUCUUGUCAUCAAAAGAAAUAAAAGAGUGAUUUCCUUUUCUUUUAACUUUGAAAUUAUAAAAAGAAACUCAAAUGAAAUGUCUUUCUCUCUCUCAAUAAUAAUGAAGGAAAACCAUGACUAUAUCUUUGCAGAUAGAACUAUUAUUUUGACGGAUUGAUCAUCAUUUAAGAAUCCUCUUGGUUUUUUUUCCAUUCAACUCUCCAAAAUCAUCUCAGCAUGGAAACAUAAUGGAACAACAAUCAGUCAACCAUGAUUCUUUCCCAUAAACCAGUUAUACUGUGAACUUAUCAUCAUAAUCACCAUCAUCUUCAUUCUGGAGAGACCAACAGGAUAAAGAAGAAGACGAAGUAAAAAAAUCAUAUUGUUCAUAUUUACUUGUUCAAUUUAAUACUAGAUUCAGAGAUUGGCUUCGUUUAUUAAUAUUUAUUCAUCGUAUUGAUGUUUGGAUUUGAAAGUUGAUUCCUGAGAAACGGAGGAGAUAAAACGACAAACUUUAAUCACUAUUAUCCAAACAAACUUGGCAACAAAUUUGAAUAUUCAAAUGAUCAAUUUUGGGUUGAAAAAUUUACUGGAUUGUCUCUGAUUUACAAUCGAAUAUUUACUCAUUUUGCUAAAUGGUUCAUUGUUCCUGACAACACCGACAUCAUCUCGUUAUCUUUGUUCAAACAAUUUGUUAAUUAAUUACCUGUAAAUUUUUCAUGCAGUAUAUGUAUUUUUGUACAAACUGUUUGUUGAAAGAUUAACGUUCAACAAUAGCAAAAUCUUUAUCAACAUCAAAAAUCAUGUUAACAACUUGUUUUAAGUUUUCUACCUGUUGACUGGAAAUAAAUCAACGUUGACAGAAACAAAAUUGUUUUGGUAAUCACAGUUUCCUGCUUUUCGGAUGAAAAUGGCGUUUAUUUUCCUACAAUUGUCAAUUCAUUGAUUGCCAUCGGCUGCAUGUAGUCAGCUAAAUUCUGUAGAAGAUUCAAGAUACCCAUCAGAUUAGAAGAUAACUUUAUAUGGCCGCUUAUAUGACAUUUGUAUCAACUGGGUUUGAUCGAAGAAGCUGUUAGAGAAUGGUUCUUGACUGGAUAUGGUUACAAAGUUGGUUAGAGUUUACGAUUUUAAUUGGAGCAAAAUUGUUAUUCCAUUGGACUGUUUUGGAAAGCUGUUUGUAACCAAACCCAAAUUUGUCUCAAUGAAUGAAGACGUCAAAAUUCAAUUGUAAAUUCUAGUUGUUUAAUUAAUCAUUGAUCGAUCUAACAACUCUUAGAUACCAAACAUGGAUUGGUAUUGAAAAACAAUAAGAUUGUUUGAGUGGAUAAAGAGGUUAAUGAGAAUUAACUCUCACAGUUGAUAAUUAGAGGUGUUAUAAAAUGAUGGAAUCAGAAAAAUAAAGACAAAAGCAUUAAUUGAUAUUUAAUUGCUGUGUUUAACGCUGAAAAUGAAGAAUCAAAUACUUUUCAAGAUAUUCUGUUUUAUACUUUUCCUGUUGUUAAAUUGUUCAAUUGUCAACUGCACAUCUUUGGUGGACUCAAGAGUUGCAGGUCACAGUAACACCAAUAGGAUUAUCUAUGCAUCUUUAACAGACAGGGACACUGGCCGUGUUUGGCACAUUCAAGAAUGGGUUUACUCUGGAAGUCCAAGGGCUGGACGAAUCGAAAUAAACUCAGAUGAAAAUGAAGCCAAUGUCUUCUAUUCGUACACAAACUCCAGAGACAACAAAAAACGUCUCGUUAUUCAUGACAAUGAAUGUGAUCUUUACAAUUAUGAUCUCAAGUGGGAUAACUUAUUGCCUGGUGUAAAUAAACCUUUAACUAACCUUAUCCUGCUUUUGGGUCCAUCGGUCUUGGAUCGUUUUAGUGGCUUUGAUUGGGAAAAUGGUAACGAUGAGACCAUCAGAGGUGCUCUUAUGCACAGCGUCUCAACCGAUUUGGAUGGUAAACUCAACAUAACUUUAUUUUAUCAAAAUUAUCUUAACCAAAUGAAUGGCAUUCAACAGCCAAGUCAAAUUGUAUUUACUGGUCACAAUCCUGAUACUUUGGUUGAAGGUGAACCCGAGACUCUGAUUCUAGACAUUGCUCUACAAUCACAAACUGAACAAAGAUUGGAUAAAUUAGUUCAGGUUACACCAGGAUUUGGUUGCCCAGUAUAUCUAAAUGGAGAUGUUGCCUUCCCUGAACUCAAUACCCUCAAAAUUCAUUUCAUAGCUGCUGAACAAGUUAAUAAAGGUCCAAAAGUUAUAAACGAGUUCCAUGCUGAUGAAACUUAUCAAAUUUUGAGACAAUCUGAACUAAAAUAUGGCUUCAAAAACGAAAAGCUCAUCGAUUAUUCACUUGGUGCUUUUUACCGUUUAUCAAAAUCUGGUGACUGCCUUAUAGCAUCUGUGAAUUCAAAGGAUCCUGGUAUUGAUGAAAGUGGUUCAUUUUCAAUAGCAAGACUACUUUGGUUAUCCAAGACAUUGAAGUAUCUUGGAGAGAUAAUAUUUGAACACAGAUCUGGUUAUAAUGUUCAUGUUUGGGAAUCCAUUGAAACCAAUCGAGUAAUAAACGACAAAACAUAUGAUAAAGUGGUGACAACACAGUAUUUGAGUUCAUCUUACCAAAAUGAUCUGUUCAAUCGCUACAGUCUUGUUGCAGCUUCAAUAAAAGCCUACACAAAAAAUGCAAAGGGUUCAUAUGUUUUAUCAUAUACAAAUCAUCGAGACUAUUAUGAUUCAAAUAGUGAUUUACCUGAGUCCGAAUACAAUGAAGCUUUGCAAAUUGAAGAUUGUUUCCAAAAGCCAGAAGAAAGAAUGAAUUUAAAGUUUCAUUUAACAUGCAAAGAUUCUGAUGGAUGCAUAAAGAAGUCACAAGAUUCAGUUUAUGAAAUGAGAGAACUAUUCAGAUCAAGUUUACUUGGACAAUUAAAAAUAUCAUCUACUCGAGUUGCUGACAUUGACUUUAAGUUUCAGAAAGAAGUGAUCGAAGCUGACGUUACUUUUCUCGAAGCAACAAAAAUAUCGGAUGUUCUACCAUUUGAUGUAUACACAAUAAGUCCAGAAUCGAUCAGCAAAUUGCACGAGACUGUUGCUGGCAGUGAUGAGAAGUGCCUUCGAUAUCAUGCUUCAUUCAUUCCUACUGGAGCUGCUAUAAUCUAUUGUGCGACAGGAAAUGUUUGUUUUAGUGCUGCAAACGCGAAAGAGGUAAAGGAAUCUAAAACAGGAACUUUUUGUAGUAUUUACCACGAUCCAAACAAGAAACUGAAUAGGUUAGGCCAAGAAAUGUCUUUAGCAGAUUUACAUGAUCAUAUACUUAAUAAUUUUGGACGCAUAACAUUUAAUAUGAAUCUUGAUGCAAAAGCCAAGGCUGUUACUUUUCAAGUAACAGAUGCAAUUGCUCAACUUGAAGCUCCUGCAGAGCUAAAAAAGCCAUUUAAGUCUUUGUUUCGGUCUAGUCGAUUCGAUGAAAUAGAUGGUGUUCAUACUGUCACUGUUCCUGGUGUCGACCGUUUCGGUGAUUGUUAUCGUGCCUGUUCUCAGAAUGAAGAUAUACCUUGUGAAACAUUUUCAUUUUGCAACAGAAAAGAUAAGAAGGAAUGUGUUGUAUCGAUUUGGUCAGAAUCACAGCUAGCAAAUAAUAAGACAAGUGAUCCAGAUUGUGUUAUUUAUUCAAAGAACCACUUGUCUGACUAUACUGUUCGACGUGGUCUGAGGUACAAGCACCCAACCACAGCGAUUAAGAAUAUUUACGUCGAUGAUUGUGCUUCGGAAUGUUAUGCUUCCAAAGAUUGUUUUUCGUUUCAAUAUUGUCAAGGUCAAGGUAAAAUGGGCCAAAAGUGUUCAUUUGGCGGUUAUGUCACAUCAGCAAAUACAGAAUUUUAUGAAAAAUGUGAUAUUUAUAUCCCCAAAAGCUCUGAAAAAUAUACAGUAACAGGAAAGAAACUUGUCAGUCAAGUUUUGUACACAGAAGUUGAUUUGGAUUUGGAUCAAUGUGCUACUCUUUGUGAUGAUGAUCAAUCAUGUAAAUCAUUCAACUUCUGUCCAAAAGGGAAAGCACCCGCUCAAUGUCAAAUAACUUCAUAUUCAACUAAAGAUCCUAAGACGGAAUCAGUGGAAUCAUCCAUUUGUCAUAACUUUGAAUCAACUGUUAAAGCCAAAGCAGACGCAAUUUCAGAUAACAGUCCUGAUGUUAAAGUAUCUGGAGUCAGUGGUGGAGGAGUUUUUGGUAUUAUCAUGUUGUUCCUAUUUAUUGGUCUUUUUGCUGGUUUCGUUGGUCCUUAUGUUUACACUAAAGUAAAAUCAGGAGAUUUGACCAAAUCGAAAGACAAUUUUGGAUGGUCAAAGCAAGAAGAUGAUGAUGAAAAUUUAACACAAAUUUAAGCUUAAAUUUAAAUUAAUUUAUAAUAAAAUUAAAAUCCAUUUACAAA